CAGCCGCCCCGGGCGGAAGCCAUGGGGAGCGUGCGGAGCCACCGUUACAGCAUCGUGUCCUCCGAGGAGGAGGGCGGAGUGAAGCUGGCCAACAUGGUCGUCCCCAACGGCUGCGGCAACGGCAAGGCCGAGCGCCGGCGCCAGAGCCGCUUCGUGCGCAAGGACGGCCACUGCAACGUGCACUUUGUCAACAUGAGCGAGAAGGGCCAGCGCUACCUGGCGGACAUCUUCACCACCUGCGUGGACAUCCGCUGGCGAUGGAUGCUGCUCGUCUUCUGCCUCUCCUUCCUGAUCUCCUGGCUGUUCUUCGGCCUGGUCUUCUGGCUGGUGGCGCUGGGCUACGGCGACCUGGACGGCGACACGCAGAUGUGCGUCUCCAACGUGGACAGCUUCACCGCCGCCUUCUUGUUCUCCGUGGAGACGCAGACCACCAUCGGGUACGGAUACCGCUACGUGACGGAGGAGUGUCCCGUCGCCGUCUUCGUGGUGGUCUUCCAAAGCAUCGUGGGGUGCAUCAUCGACGCGUUCAUCAUCGGCGCCGUCAUGGCCAAGAUGGCCAAGCCCAAGAAGAGGAACGAGACGCUGGUGUUCAGUCACUACGCCACGGUGGCCAUGAGGGACGGGAAGCUGUGCCUCAUGUGGCGGGUGGGGAACCUGAGGAAGAGCCACCUGGUGGAGGCCCACGUCAGGGCGCAGCUCCUCAAGUCGAGGACGACGGCGGAGGGCGAGUUCAUCCCUCUGGACCAGGUGGACAUCGACGUGGGCUUCGACAGCGGCAUCGACAGAAUCUUCCUGGUGUCGCCCAUCACCAUCGUGCACGAGAUCGACGAGGACAGCCCCUUCUACGAGAUGGGCAAGCAGGAGCUGGAGACGUCCGAGUUCGAGAUUGUGGUCAUCCUGGAAGGCAUGGUGGAGGCCACCGCCAUGACCACGCAGUGUCGUAGCUCCUACGUGGCCAGCGAGAUCCUCUGGGGCCACCGCUUCGAGCCGGUGCUCUUCGAGGAGAAGAACUACUACAAGGUGGACUACUCGCGCUUCGACAACACCUACGAGGUGUCCGGCACGCCGCACUGCAGCGCCCGGGAGCUCGCCCGGAAGACGUCCGACGCCUCCAGCCUCAGGAACUCCUUUUGCUACGAGAACGAGGUGGCCCUGGAGAAAAUCGAGAUGGAGGAGGAAUCACGGGAUGUGGAGAGCGCAGCCGCGACGGGCGUCCCGGAGGGUCCGCCGCCGGCCUCGGACUCGGAACACACUCCGGACUCUUUGCCUUUGGAAUCAAGACCUUUGACUGCUGAAUCGGAAAUAUGA